AUGAUGCGGUUUCUCCAAAGAAUAUCGAUUUUGUGUAUUGUGACAUCGGUGUACCUAUGCAGCUCAUCGAUGAUUUUCGAUGAAUCAACCAAAGUUUCACUAUUGCAUAAAAAAGCAGCACCGGAUGUCAGACUUCAUCAAUCGUUGAAAAGUCACGAUAUUAUUUCGCUGAACAUCGGAGGUGAACUAAUUCUAACAACUCGUCGAACUUUGACACGUAUUCCAAAAUCAACUUUAGCAAUUAUGUUCAAAGAUACAUGGGAAUCUCGAUUGCCGAAAGAUCGCAACGGAAAUAUCUUUCUCGAUUGUAAUCCAAUUCUCUUUCGUCAUCUACUCGAUCAAUUGCAGCUUUCUGAUACAAAGCAGUUCUAUCCACCAUUGGAACCAUCGCAAGUUGAGCCUUUCAAAAGAAUGCUACGCAAACUAGGUUUACUUAAGCUUAUAGUUCUCUUGGAAAAAAAUAUUGUUCGAAUCAAUAUUGGUGGACAAACGUUUACUCACCACCGUAGCACACUUACACAAAUGUCAAAUGCCACAGUUCAUCUAAAUUCCUCGUCUUCUCAUCCUCGAGAUAAUGAUGUAUUUAUUGAUUCCGAUCCAAAAUUAUUAGAACAUCUUGUGGAACAAUUACGCGAACUACCAAUGAAAAACACAAGUUAUUUGAAAACACCCUCAUCGAAACAAGCGAAUUCUUUUAAGAAGAUUCUUAAUGAUCUACGAGUAAAUCAACGAACACAUUCUUCGCUUAAUAUCAACUAUAAUACAACAUGGGUACAAAAUGGAAGUACGAUCGCCGGUGGAAUUGGAAAAGGUGAAGGAUUAAGUCAAUUGAAUUGGCCCGAAAGUGUUUGUGUCGACGAUGAUCAACAAACGAUUUACAUAUCCGAUUCAGACAAUCAUCGAAUAAUUGAAUGGAAAUUCGAUGCAUACAGAGGACGGAUCGUAGCUGGCGGCAAUGGUCAAGGUAACCGCGUUGAUCAAUUAGACUAUCCAACGGACGUUACUGUUAGUAAGCAGAAUGAUUCGUUAGUAAUUUGUGACUGUCGCAAUCGACGAGUUGUGCAAUGGCAUCGUCAGGAUAAUACGAACGGACAUACGAUUAUUUUUGAUAUUGAUUGUUUUGGCUUAGCUAUGGAUAAUAACGAUGAUUUAUAUGUCUCUGAUUUGAUGAAAAAUGAAGUCCGGCGUUGGAAAAUAGGAGAUACGAAAGGUGUUUUAGUCGCUGGUGGUAAUGGAGAAGGAAAUCAGUUGAAUCAAUUGUAUCUUCCAACAGCGAUCUUUCUUGACCAGAAUCAAUCAAUUUAUAUAUCCGAUGAGAAAAACCAUCGUGUUGUCAAAUGGAUUAAAUAUGCUAAAGAAGGUAUUGUUGUUGCUGGUGGAAAUGACCAAGGUGAGAAUUCAACACAAUUAUCUUAUCCUCGUGGAGUGAUUGUGGAUCAUUUCGAUAAUGUUUAUGUUGCUGAUUCUCGAAAUAAUCGUGUUAUGCGCUGGUCGAAAGAUGCAACUGAAGGAAGUCUCGUUCUUGGUGGAAAUGGACAAGGAAAACAGUCAAAUCAAUUCCAUUAUCCCAAAGGUUUAGCUUUCGAUCGACAAGGCAAUAUAUAUGUUGCCGACUGGGACAAUAAUCGAGUGCAAAAAUUUGACGUUAAUAUCAAUUAG